CUAGCAACCGUGAACACAACACAGAGGUGGAGAGGGAGCUGCCGAUAGGCCCCGGCGGCAUCCCUGGGCAGUGGGCACCCCUCGCGCGGGAAGUAAUUGCCCCCAGAACUGACCUCUGAUUUCUUGACAAAGAGAAUGGGUAAAAAAGUAAAGAAGGAAGUGGAGCCUCCUCCCAAGGAUGUGUUUGACCCUUUAUCGAUUGAAAGCAAAAAAGCAGCAACAGUGGUGCUAAUGCUUAAUUCGCCAGAAGAGGAAGUUUUGGCUAAAGCAUGUGAUGCUAUAUAUAAAUUUGCAUCAAAAGGUGAUGAAAACAAAGUGACACUUCUUAGUCUUGGAGCUGUGGAGCCUUUAUUUAAACUAGUCUCACAUGAAGACCCACUUGUGCGCAGAAAUGCCAUCAUGGUAUUUGGAAUCAUGGCUUCUAAUAAUGACGUCAGAAAAUUAUUAAGAGAGCUAGAUGUCACAAAUUCAGUCAUAGCUCGGCUGGCGCCAGAAGAAGAUAUAGUUGUCCAUGAGUUUGCCAGUCUUUGCCUAGCACAUAUGGCAGUUGAAUAUACCAGUAAAGUGCAAAUAUUUGAGCAAGGUGGACUAGAACCACUUAUCAGAUUGCUAAGUAGCCCUGAUCCUGACGUUAAGAAGAACUCUGUUGAAUGCAUCUAUCACCUCGUACAGGAUUUUCAAAGCCGGGCUGCAGUUCGUGAACUAAAUGCAAUUCCUGCCUUGCUGGAACUGCUGAAAUCUGAAUAUCCAGUUGUUCAAUUGUUAGCUCUCAAAACCUUUGGUGUAAUUAGCAAUGACAGAGAAACCAGGAUAAUACUGAGAGAAAACCAAGGAUUAGAGCAUCUUUUUAAGAUACUGGAAACUAAGGAAUUUAAUGAUCUUCAUGUGGAAGCUCUUGCAGUGGUGGCAAAUUGUCUUGAGGAUGUGGAUACUAUGCAACUAAUUCAGCAGACAGGAGGUCUUAAAAAGCUACUUUCAUUUGCAGAAAUGUCUACCAUUCCUGAUAUUCAGAAGAAUGCAGCAAAGGCAAUUACUAAAGCAGCUUAUGAUCCUGAAAAUAGAAAAAUUUUGCAUGAAGAAGAGAUUGAAAAAUGCCUCAUCACCCUUUUGGGAACUGACAAUGAUGGUGCUAAAGCUGCUGCUUCUCAAGCUAUUUCUGCUAUGUGUGAGAAUUUAGCUAGCAAAGAUGCUUUUGGAAUCCAAGGGAUUCCCCAGCUAGUUCAGUUGCUAAGCAGUGAGAAUGAAGAGGUAAAAGAAGCUGCUGCCAUAGCUCUGGCUAAUCUCACAACAGGCAGUCCUAGCAAUGCAAGUGCUGUUGCUGAAGCUGAAGGAAUCGAGCCAUUAAUAAAUGUCCUGAGUGCUAAGAGAGAUGGGACUGUUGCUAAUGCAGCUGCAAUACUAACAAAUAUGGCCAUGCAGGAGCCAUUACGUCUCAGCAUCCAUGGUGUUAUGAAUGCAAUUGUAGAACCACUACAGUCUACCAACAGCCUGGUACAAAGCAAAGCAGCACUCACUGUGGCUGCACUUGGUUGUGACGCUGAUGCAAGAACUGAGUUAAGAAAUGCAAGUGGACUUGAACCACUCGUUAAAUUGCUACAUUCUAAGAAUGAUGAAGUCAGAAGAAAUGCCUGUUGGGCAGUUAUGGUUUGUGCAAGCGAUGAACUAACAGCAGUUGAACUUUGCAGACUAGGUGCUUUAGACAUCCUGGAAGAAAUUAACUUGUCAACAGGGCGCAAAAAUAACUUCAGUGAAGGAGCUCUGGACAAGCUACUUGAUAACAACCUUUCCCAAAAGUACAGCCAAAUGGGGUACUUAUCAUCCAGUAACAUAAUUACUGAUGGGUUCUAUGAUUAUGGUCAGGUAAAGCCUGGAGUGAAACUUUUGUCUUUGGAGGAACUGAGUAUACAAGAGCUUAAUGAUCAUCGUGCUAUAAUUUUAGUUAAUGCUAAACUACCAGAAGUUUCCCCCAGUGCAGAGGACAAAUCACAAGAUCUAUAUUAUGGGCGAACCGCAUCUUCUUCUUCUAUUAGAAAAAGUAGUAAAGAAAGAACAAGUGCAGUGGUAUCUCCUGUGGAGGAAAAACAAGACUCUUCUGGACGAUCUCCAUCUUCGCUCAGCAAAAGCAGCACUAGAGAGAAAGGCUCAAGAAAAGGGAAAGGAAAAAAAGAAGAAGAUAAACCAAAAGAAGAAGAAGAGUUGCAAACAAUGCCUAAAGUCCAGCAGGAAGUAAUUUUUGAAAAGUUACCGUGGCUGCCACCAUUUGACUCCAUUUUACUGGAUUACAUUACUGAUGCUUCCAAAAUAAUCCUACCAUUAACUACUACCAAAGAACAGGUUGUGGCACUUGCACUGUUUGUUGCAGAUAAGAUGGGUGGCCCAAUUGAAAGAGACAAAUUACAUGAAUUCAGCUGGGAACUUCAUAUAAGUGAAAUUGAAUUUGAACUGAAAUGCAAUGUUGUACCUAUUGGGAAAAUCAAGAAAGGGACUUUCUACCACAGGGCUUUGCUUUUCAAGGUUAUAGCAGACAGAAUUGGCAUUGGCUGUAGUUUAGUUCGUGGAGAAUACGGCAGAGCUUGGAAUGAAGUUAAAUUAGUUGACGAUUCUCCUCAAGGAAUAACUGGGCUUCUACUUCCUCCUCAAAUGUAUAUUGUAGAUCUAAUGUACCAGCCAGGCUGCUUAAUGAAGCAAGGUAGUGCAGAGGCAGAUCACUACCAACGUAUUUAAUCCUAAUGUCAGAUCUCUUCAAAAAGAAAGUAUUUUUAAAGAGAUUUCAUUAAUAAAUUUGUAUGAAACAUAAAGAUUUGUGGCCCCAACUUUCAGUCUUAGGUGCUGAAAUUAAAGCACCUAUUCCCACAUUAAGUUGUCUAAAGAGGCACUUCAGUUCUUAAAUAUCCAUUUUAGGUGUCUACUCUAAAUCCUUGUUUGUGAUCCAGACUGUGAAUUUAGGCAUCUCAUUUUAGGUAUCUGAGUUUGACACGUUAGACAUGUUAUUCAUUUUAUUUGAUGCUGUAUUAUAGAAUAAAAUGUAGAGAUCCAGACUGUCAAUAUUGGUGGGCAUAAUACUUGACUGUGCAUUAUCAUUUCUCCCAGUAAAUGUGUUUAAAGUAUUUAAGAACUAAAGGGUCUGUUUUCUUUUCCUUUGGCUCUCUCAUCUUCCAUUGAUGUUAAUGGGAGUACACGAGGUGAGGAGAAUACAAAGCUAAUGAAAUAAUUAGACAUGGUUAAACCAAUUUAUAAUAUCUUUUUUGUCAAAAUAAGCAAAGUACUAAGAAUUGUCUUAGGCUUUGUCUACACCAGCAGUUUUGUCGGCAAAACUUUUGUCGGUCAGGGGUGUGAAAAAACACACCACACCCCUGGCCGACAUAAGUUUCACUGACAAAAGCUAUGUCUCUCCCACCGACGUAGCUACUGCCACUCAUUGCGGGUGGUUAAUUAUGCCUGUGGGAAGCUUGGCUGAUUGUCAACAAAGUGCUUCCAUCAAUAACCAGGGUCAUCAGCAUGUGGAAUGCAUGCUUUGAGAGAUAUGAUGAGAGGUUUGUAUUUGUAUUCAUGACUGCUGAUGAACCAGGACACUACCAUUCCUCCCCCACCCUCUGCCCCAACUCUACAGCCAUGUGGUGUGAUUUCCUGGUGGGCUGUUUGGUAACAUUUUCUCUUCUUUGGUUGUAAAGAGAAACAAAAUGCAAGUCAUUUGAAGUAAAAAAUGAAAAAUACUUUUCUAGACACGUAGCAAACACAUUUGACAAGAAGACACUCAGCAAAACACAUUAUGGAUAACAGACAACUUUGUACACUGUACUUUGACAAGAUUUCAAAAAUGUCAUUUGUGUGCAGUUGUUUUGGAGGCAGAUUUUCUGUCAUGCAUUUAGUUUUAUAUGAACUGAAUUCUAUUGCUUGAAAACUAAAUCACCAGGAAGAAAUGCCCUUGGCUAGCAAAAAUUGACAACAAACCACGUGCAAGUUCAAAGUUGACUCAAUACCAACAGAAUACGUGAAGUUCCAUAGAAGCAUUCAAGGUGAACUUUACUUUGAGCUUUUCCUUUACAGCAUUUAACUAAAUAUAACUCUCUGGGUAUUUGAAAAAAUAAAUCAUUGCUUUCUCUUGACUAUGCAGGCACUCUUCCAGCUAGGUCGUCAAACCAGUCAGUCAUGGACUGCUUUGGCUGCCUGGAAUCCAUGCAAUUCACAAAUGCAGGUUGAGUGAUAUAGUCUUUAUACCUAGACUUCAUAGAUGGUAUAUGGAAUAGAAAUGAGAUAUGACUGGAAAAAAUAAUCCAAAAUUCAGAAGGUGGAGAGUAGUCCACAGUAUUUAGUAUCUUGGGAGUGUCAGAGACACAUAAGCUACAGAACUCCUCUUUGAGCUUGUGCAGAGUGAAGAAGAGGCCAUGGCUAAGGCUAUGAUUUUUUCACCGAAGUCACGGAAUACGUGACUUCCAGCAACCUCCGUGAAUUCAGCACUGUUCACUGGGAGCUGCAGGGUCCCCAUGUCCAAGUGUGCUGGGGCCCCCCUGGAGUUCCCAGUCACCGUGUGCAGCGGUAGCGCAGCUCCUGGCCGCCACAGGCAGCAGGGGCCUCCCAGUGGAUGCAGGCAGAGGGGAACCCCUGAAUCUCCAAGCCACUGCAGGUGGCAGAGACCCCCCUGUGGCUCCCAGCCACCAUGGGCGGUGGGGGCCCCCUGCAGCUCCUGGCUGCCACGGGGGGCAGGGGACCUGAGAGCUCCAAACUGCCGCAGGCAGCGGGGGUACCCCGAAGCUCCGAGCCAGGGGAUCCUGGAGCUCCAAGCCCCCACAGGUGGUGGAGGGCCCCAGAGCUCAGAGUGGCCCCCACAGCUGCCCAACCUCUGCAGGCAGUGGGGGCGCACCCCGCAGCUGGGCUCCCCAUUUUGUCACUGAUAUUUUUAGUAAAAGUCAGGGACAGGUCACGGGCUUCUAUGAAUUUUUCUUUAUUGCUCGUGACCUGUCCCUGACUUUCACUAAAAGUAUCCAUGACAAAAUCAUAGCCUUAGCCAUGGCUAAUGGCUGUACCACUAUUGAAAUAGAAGACAAAGCUUUUGCUAGAGCCAUGUCCCACUAUGACACCAGUCAAACAUUUGGAAGUCAACAAAUAUCCUGGCCAAUCAAAAUGUCAGUAAAUUUAAUAGGACAUAUUUAUCUCCUUUCCUAAAUUAAAGGGCCUAUUUAGGCCUCUUGAAAAAUUUCUGUUGAGAAGGAUGAUUUUAACACCUCAAGUAAUUAACAAAAAUCUAUCUCCAUCCCUGAUUUUCAUCAGAAUAAAUGUUUUACUUUGUUUGUAGCAAAGUGGAAAUAAAUUGAGAGGGGACCAUGAGAAAGAAGUGUAAUUCUGGGACAUAACACAAAGUCACACACAGAAACCUUCUAUUAAUUUUUACUGGAAGGAAUUUGGUUUUAGAUUUGGGAAAUAUAUGUUCAAUAUGGAAUACAGCUGCAUAUGGUGAGAAAUUAGACUGUACUGAUAGGAGCUGGGAUUUGAUUCCACAACUCUAACUGAUUCAAGUGGUCAAAGUAGUACACUGAAGUCAGUGGGGCUGCACAUGUGAGUAUGAGUUGCAGUGAUGCUGUUUGUCUAUAAAUUGUGAAGUGUUGCUCCAUGCUUACAAGUUCUUAUGCUGGUGGAAAGGCCCAUUAAAGUCAAUGGUGUUCUCUGUGGGCAGUUCAAGGUUUUUCAGGUGUGGGAUUGUGGCUCAGAGCCAAUUCUGGAUUAAUUAACGUUGUAAUAAUGCAUUGGCGUGGGAAAUGCAGUCUUGGUAGCUGCUCAUCACUGGAUGCUGAACAUUUGCACUUUGGGUGGGCUGGCUUUUGGUGGUGAGUGUGAUGCCUCUUGAAAGGUGAUAUGGCAAUUGAAUCCUCUGUUUUUUCCCUAGAGCAGGUGCAGAGAAUGUACAAUUUACUCCCAGCAGCAGUGCAAACAGGCCCACAUGGGCCCACCAAUAUCUUUCACCCAGAUCUGGAGAAACAUUCAGGAUAACUGAAGUGUGUUUUAUCUUUGUGUGAUCAGGGAACAGAUGCUAUACAAAUGAUAGAGUUAACACUUUUCAAGUAGUCUCUAAUUACACCAGUAAUAAUAUACUAUGGCAAUGACUGAAGUGUGACAAUAUGCCCCUCUCCCAAGUUGUGUAUUCACUUUCAUCUCUUUAUAUUGCUGGUUAUCGAUACACCUAGAGAAAUCCCAGGCUUAAGAUAUUCCAGUUAAUUUUAUGUUUUUUUUCCUUGUAUUGCUCUAGUCCAGUGGUUCUUAGUCUUUACUGUAGCCUGCACCCCUUUGGUUCUCAAAAUAUGUUCUCGCACCCCGUAAACCUAAGAAAUAUGUUCUCACACCUCUUAAACCUAGAUAUAUUUUUGUUUGUAUAUCACAGUAAUCAUUAAAAAAUGUAUAAUGUUAAUAAAUACAUAGGUUUGAUGAAAAAAAGUA